AUGAGUACUUCAACCAACGUUAAAGAAAUAGGUUAUGCUUUCCUGAAGACUUACUAUCAGCGGAUGCGUAACGAUCCUUCAAAAAUUCACCAUCUAUACUCCGCGACGGCCGAGCUAACGCAUGUUGACUAUCAAGUUGACUUAAUCAGUGACAAGCCCUCAUUACCUACUAUAAAGCUGAUCGGCAAAGACAACAUUAAUAAAUAUUACACUAGACACAGUAAAAAAGUCACUACUGUGAAAGUCAAGGUCGAUUCAUGUGAUUUUCAGUUUACUGGCUCGAACAAUGUUAGUAUCUUAAUACUCGCAGUGGGAGAAAUGUGCUGGUCUCAAACACCCAGCUACAGAUUUUGCCAAACAUUUAUCUUAACUCCAGCUACAAAUAAUCCAGAAAUAUACGAUGUCACAAAUGAUAUCUUACGUUUCAUUCCGGAAGUAACGUUAACUUUACAUGAAACUGAACCCAACUUUGAUCCAAAAGCUGCUUUGAUGGAAUCAAUGAAUGAAAAUGAGGAAAAUCAAAAAGAGCCCAAUGGAGUGGAGAACACUGAAAGUUCAACUCAAGAAUCAUUAUCAACUAAAAAUACGCAUGAAAAACCUACGAUUGAGGAGAAACCAUCAUCGGAUCAUCCUAAAUCUAAAAUGGGUGACGGAGAAUUGGAGGACGUGCAAAUGGAAAGCAAACAGCCUCCUUCUAUGGUGCGAACAACAGCGUCGUUAACCGACGAUGAGACCCAAAAACCUAUAGAUAAUAUAAAAGAUAUCGAAGAGUCGAAGGAGUCAGUUGAAACUUCUGAGCAAAUUAAUGGUACUACUGACAAUGACUCGUCUCCUGCUGAAAAAAACAGGUCUACUGAGCAGCAGAAUGGACCUCCAAAGAAAAUGAACUGGGCUUCAAAAAUAGCAAGUUCCGAGUCUAAAGACGUUCCGAACGUAACUACAAAGUACAUCCGUGCAGAACCACAAGUGGCACCAUCAACAAAGAAACUCAUGGAAAGGAAGUCAACUUCGCCUACAGGUCAAUUGAGAGACCCCAAAAAUUUUAGAAAAAAGGUGUUCAAUUUGGUGAACAAAGAUGGAUUCUUCCCCGUUUAUGUACGGGGUACUGGUGGCGUUUCAGACGAGCAGUUAGUUAGGGCUCUUGAGUCGGAAUUUGGCGUGGUAAAAAAGAUCUCUUCUCAGGAAACAUUUGCAGUCAUAGAUUUCGAGGACCAAAGGUGUCAAACGGAAGCAAUUGAGAGAGGCAUCUUGAGGAUUAAUAACGUUGAUGUGCAUAUGGAGCCGAAAACUCUAAGAAAAUCAACGACGUCAUCAUCAUCACCCUCGCCAUCGGGACAACGGUUUGGUAGAAAACACCUGAACAAAAAAAAAAUUAGAAGAGCGAAAGAUCUCCGCAAUGAAGCAUCGAUUUAUAUAGACUAUAAAUUCUUUAGUUUCUUUCUUCGAUUGUUAGUGUAUAUAGUGUACUAG